GUCCAUUUAGUCUCCAUUGCUAUGACGUGGUUGUGUGUGAAUCGUUAGUGUGCAGAAUGAAUAGCAGUCGCGUCGAUGAUAUGCAACCUCUGGAACCUUCUUUAAAAAACAUUAUCGAUCAAACGUCGUUAAAAUGGGUGUUCGUGGGGGGUAAAGGUGGAGUGGGAAAGACAACGUGUAGCUGCAGCUUGGCCAUACAACUGUCCAAGGUGAGGGAAAGUGUAUUGAUCAUCUCCACCGAUCCAGCACACAACAUAUCAGAUGCCUUUGAUCAAAAAUUCUCUAAAGUCCCCACCUUGGUUAGUGGUUUCACUAAUUUAUAUGCAAUGGAAAUCGAUCCGAAUCUCGGCAUGAACGAAUUACCCGAGGAAUAUUUUGACGAAUCAGAUCCCAUGAGAAUGAGCAAAAACAUGAUGCAAGAAAUUUUAGGUGCUUUCCCUGGCAUUGACGAGGCCAUGAGUUAUGCAGAGGUCAUGAAGCUGGUCAAGAGCAUGAAUUUUUCUGUCGUCAUCUUCGACACUGCUCCCACUGGUCACACGCUCCGUCUCCUGACCUUUCCGCAGGUGGUGGAGAAGGGCCUGGGUAAGUUGCUGAGGCUGAAGGCGCAGCUGAAUCCCUUCAUCGCCCAGAUCGGCUCCAUGCUCGGCCUUCAGGACGUCACAGCCGAACUGAUGUCGUCCAAAGUAGAGGAGAUGCUUCCGGUUAUCCGGCAGGUCAACGAACAGUUUCGUAAUCCAGACCAGACGACGUUCGUCUGCGUAUGCAUAGCGGAGUUUCUGUCCCUGUAUGAGACUGAGAGACUGGUCCAGGAACUCACCAAGUGCGGAAUCGACACACACAACAUUGUGGUGAAUCAGUUACUGUUCCCACAGGUGGGCGGAAAACCGUGCAAGAUGUGCAUGGCCAGAUGCAGGCUGCAGGCGAAGUAUCUCGGUCAGAUCGAUGAUCUUUACGAAGAUUUUCAUAUCACCAAACUUCCUCUUUUAGAUCAUGAAGUGAGAGGGAUCGAACAAGUGAAAUCGUUUUCGAAAUAUCUUAUUAUACCAUAUAAAUUAUCCGGUUGAUUUUCAUAAAAUUUCAAAUCGAUACGCACGUAUUUAACCAGUCUAUAUGAACGAUUAUCAUUGUAGCUAAUACAGUUUAAUUAUUUAAGUGGAAAAAAUUUUUAUAUUUUCUUAAUUAUGUUCUCUGUAAAUAAUUCUGUAGAAUGAUGAUUUCCACAGAAAUCAUUUGAAAAGGUUUUUUACUUGGUUUUAGAUAUUACAGUGUAUUAUGUUGAUUUAAUACAAGAAAUAAUGAAAUUGUAAAGAGUUAAUUCAUCUUUGUUAUUUGUUAAAAGUUCAUUAAGAAAAAUUAAAUUCAAAAAUUUAG